AUGCCACCUCCGAACCCGAGGCGCCGCGCGCGCGGUGGUCGAAACCGUGGCGGCGGCGACGGCUCUGGUACCAGCUCCGGUGCUGGCGGUGGUGCUAUCGGCAUCCUCGGCGCGAGCACUGGCACGAGCACGGCCGAAACAAUGUCGAGCGGCAGUCCCGGCAAGAGCGCCAUCGAGCUCUACCAUGACGCGCAGGCUGCAAGCGCCGAGUUGAAGAGCCUGAUGCAGAGUCAGCCGCCAUGGGCGCGCGAAGCGGAUGCCGUGCGGCAGCUCGCGCGCAAUACCUAUCUCGCGGUCCUCUUCCAGCAUCCUCUUUCGCCGCACGCGCAGACGCUCGACAGUCUGUGGCUCGGCACAACAUACACGCUCAUCCAGGCGUAUCGAGAGGUCGUGGGACGCAUCGAGGCAUCCCUCCCACCACGCAAGGGCAAGGACAGCGCGGACCUGCGCCGUACCCUCGCGCGUUUCCGGCAGGCCCUGGGUGCCGAGGACGCGUUCUAUCGUGGUCUCAUUGGUCGCAUCGUCGCAUUCUACCACCUCCACGACCGCGCAGCAGAGUACCUCGCCAUGGCUGGGGUGCCUGUCCCCGAGCCGGAGGAGGGGGACGGUCUCGCGCCGCCGCUGUCGCGCGAGGAGGGUGAGAAGAAGGUCGGACUCGUGUACAAGGGCCUCAUAUGUCUCGGCGACCUCGAGCGCUACAAGGAGCAAUGUUCUGAGAAGGCGAGGCGCGAUGCGCGCGAAGGCCUGCCGCCUCGCGAUGCAAAGUUCGAACGUGCCGUCAUGUACUACGAGGUCGCGCGGGCGCUGCAGCCGGAUAAUGGUACGGCGUUCAAUCAGCUCGCCGUCAUUGAUGGGUACCUCGGGGACAACUUUCACUGCACAUACCACUACUUCCGGGCACUGGCUGUGCGCCAGCCCUUCCCAGGCGGCGAGGCGAAUCUCGAGCGCGUGCUCAAGCGCGCAUUUGACCGGUGGCGCGUCGCGCGGCACGAGGGAUCGACCUCGCCGACGGAUGACCUCGAGGCUUUCCGCCGCGACGUGCUGGUUAUCUGCGCGAUUCUGUUCUUGAAGGCGAGCACGUCGCAUGUCCCGCUCAUGCGCGACGCACUCUGCGAACAGUUUGCGCGUAGCCUGCGUGCGCGCAAACUUCCCUCUGAGACGAUCGUGAAGACGACGGCCAUGGCUAUCGGUUCGCACUGGUUCUGCCGCCUCGAUGCCAGCCGGGGUGGGAGUGGUAUUGGCGACCCGGCCAAGGCGGCCAAGGCCGAACGGCGGCGGGCGGUCGAGGAUCUCAGCCUCAGCUUCUUGUUUGCGGUGUACACUGCACUCGUGGACGUCACCACCACCGAGGUGGAGGAGGCGCUGGCCUCACGCGCCGGCGAGAACGAGAGUGCUGUUGCUGACGACGACGAUGACGACGACAUCGACACGGUCCUGGCCCUCGCGGCCCGGAUCACUGCUGUCGUCCGCCGCAUCCUCCCCAGUCUGCGCAUCAUGAGCCGCUGGCUCAAGACGCACCUCGAUUACGUGAGCCGCGCGGCGCACGGGUCCAACCCCGAGCUGCGCGCAGGUAUCGAUACGUUUUGGACGGCCUACAAGCGGCUUAUGCUGGCACUGGCACGACUGUUCCCGCUCAUCCAGCUCCCGAGCUUGGACGGGCCGCUGGAAGAGGACGUCGACAUGCGCGGCUUCCUCCCCCUCCGCGUUGGGAACGCCGAGGAGAGCUUCGAACUCCAGUGUGCUGACGUACACCCGAACGAGGAACAACUCAUGCGCAUCGCCGACCUGCUUGUCGACGUCAAGCUCCUCAUGCAGACGGAUGCGGGCGCUGCUGUCCUGAGCGACGGGUUCCCCAGCGCGCCGUUUGUUACGGAGAACAGCGAGACGGCGAGCGUCAGCGUCGCCGAAACCGAGGACGACCCAGUCAACCUUGCCAUGCGGACGGGACUCAUGGAGGCACCGUCGGUGGAGGACGACGCGGACGAGGUGAUCAUGUGGGAGCGAACCACACCGAUCGUGGAACAAUCUGCCCGCUUCCCGCCACCCACGACGGCUCAGGACCUGCUUCAGAAUCUCUCGCUCGGCGGGCUGCCGCCGCCGGAUCCCGCGCCGAUGCUCUUCGGCGGCGACGCGGGCGGGAGUAUCUGGACGAUGAGCCGCGAAGAGUCGCAGAAGGGCGCACAGCGCGCACAGCGCGUCCACGCCGCGGUGCCUUGGCAGAGCGAGAACCAGCAGGGACACAGACUGUCCAACCCCGCUAUCUUCGAGUUUGCCCAGCCGCAGGCGCCUCAGCCGCAAGCGCCUCAGCAGCAGGCGCCUCAGCCGCAGGGACAGCAGUACAGCCAGUAUGGGGCCCAGUACUACCAGCAGUACGGCGCACCUCCGCCGAGCACGGCGCAUCCAUCGAGCGCCUGGACCGCGCCAGCACAGCAGGGCCAAGGGCAGUCGGGACACUCCCAGCCGCUGUACGCUAGCCAGUCGGGGCAGUCGGGGCAGCGUUCUGCUCAGCACUCCGCUCAGCACUCCAACCCUCACUCCGACCAGCCGACCCCACAGUCUGGCCAGCACUCCCACCCGCACUCCACGGAGCCUUCGCCGCCGGCCUGGCGUCCACGCCCAGCCGCGCAGACGCAGGUGCAGAACAUCUGGGGUCCGCCUGACGCUGGUGCAUGGGGUAACGGGCAGCGCACAGCCAGUUCCAGUUCCGCAGGGUGGGGUUACCGUCCUGGUUAG